AUGAUAUUGACUUCAUUUUCAUCAUCUUCUUCUUCUUCAUCUUCUUCUGAUGAUGAAUCUGAUGAUGAACAUAUCGUCACACUUUUAGGAGCUUAUGAGCAGAACAAUACUAAUAUGUUUCAGAUUCUGAAGAGUGAUAGCUCGAAGAAGGUAGGUGGUUCUGUUGUAGGUCAUAGGUAUAUACACAGAAAUAGAAGGCAGGGUCACGAUAGAUUGUUUGGAGAUUAUUUUGCUGCAAAUCCUGUGUAUUCACCUACAGUAUUUCGGAGACGUUUUCGAAUGCAUCAUCCUUUAUAUCUACAAAUUUUGAAUGCAAUCCAAGCACACAAUUCAUAUUUUCUUCAAAAACAAGAUGCAACUUAUGUACUUGGAUUAUCUCCCCUACAAAAAAUGACUUUAGCGAUGAGAAUAUUGUCAUAUGGUGUUGCAGCAGAUGCAGUUGAUGAUUACAUAUGUAUCGGAGAAAGUACUGCAAUUCAAAGUUUGCAACAAUUUUGUAAUUCAGUGAUUGAAAUAUUUGGUGAAGAAUAUCUGAGAUCUCCAACACCAACUGACAUUGCUAGAUUACUUGCUAUUGGAGAGGGAGCAAAGAGACAACAUUUUGCAAUGAUGCAAGAGUCUGCCAGGAAAGAAGUAGAGCGAGCAUUCGGAGUCCUUCACUCUCGAUUCGCAAUUAUAGGUGGUGUUGGAGCAAAGAGACAACAUUUUGCAAUGAUGCAAGAGUCUGCCAGGAAAGAAGUAGAGCGGGCAUUCGGAGUCCUUCACUCUCGAUUCGCAAUUAUAGGUGGUGCUGUAUGUUUUUGGGAUUCGAAAAUGCUUGCCAACAUAAUGAAGACUUGUAUUAUUUUACAUAAUAUGAUUGUCGAAGAUGAGAGGGAGAAGCACCUUGACUUCAAUUAUGAAAUUUCAUCAACCAACACACCAGUGCAACUUUUCUCUACUCCUACGAAUGACUUCCAAACAUUUUUGUCUUGUCAUUUAGGUAUUAGAGAUAAGGAUGCAUAUCACGCCCUCCGUAAUGAUUUAGUAGAACAUAUGUGGCAUCUUCAUGGUGAACACUAA